UCGGAAACCCGGUGUUUGCCGAUUGCACUCGACUCGCCGUUGGUGAAUGGAUUGUGCAUUUCUUGCUGUCUAAAGCAACGUCCAGGGGCAUGAGCACUCCCCUUGUCUGAAUGGAACAAGAUUCAUCUCACCACCAGAGCCAGCAAUCAUCACUUGUUGACAUCAAUCAGCCGGAUACAAUACUCCCCACUACACGCUCCAGUGCUCGCGUUCGAGCCGCAAAACAGAGAGAACAGCAAUCAGAGCCCUCUUUCUCCGCUCAGACACCCCGCUCACCAAUCACUCUCCGAAGUCGAACCGCCCCAUCCGCUAUCAUCCGAGGAAAAAAUCGAUUUGCAUUGUCAGCAGUAAUCGCCGCUCAACUGCAUCCACAUCCACAACUGUCGCUAGUGAGGAGACCGUCAUCGACAAGAAAGGGAAGAAACGCGCCGCCCCGGAGCCUUCACCGUCACCAUCGUCCUCCAGUGCCGAAAUCGACGAAGAACUAUCGACGAACCCCUCUCCUCCGAAGAAAGUCCGUAGGACUCGCAACUCUAACAAGGUUACAUCAGAACCAAGUGCCAAUUCUACAAAGUCACCGCAGACAAAGAAGUCCAUGAGUAAAAGGAGUAAAACAACCACCGCGGGUGCCAAAGGCAAAGCCACGAGGUCAAGGAUGAGUGGCGGGUCAUCUACUCUUCUUGAUGGUGAUGUCGAGAUGUUUGAUGCGGACAUGCCAUUCGAAAAUGACUACAUUGAUGAAUCCAUGGACACUCAAGAGAAACCUCUAGAACGUGGCGAAGCAGACGAUUCGGACGGUCAUCACGGUCAGUCAAGGGAUGAUGGAGAUACCUCUAAAAGCAAGGCUGAGGCUGCAAGUGCUACUACUGCCUCAUUGGAUGCUCCUGGUGCCCCAGCGACAUCAU